AUGGCUGAGGUACUGGCCACCAUGGUGGUCGGGCCAUUGGUGUCCAUGGUGAAGGAGAAGGCCUCGAGCAUCCUCCUGGACCAGUACAAGGUCAUGGAGGGCAUGGAGGAGCAGCACAAGCUCCUCAAGCGCAAGCUGCCUGCCGUCCUCGAUGUCAUCAGUGACGCCGAGGAGCAGGCAGCGAAAAACAGAGAAGGGGCAAAAGCUUGGCUUGAGGAGCUCCGGAACAUGGCCUACAAGGCAAAUGAUGUUCUUGAUGAGUUCAAGUACGAGGCACUCCGCCGCAAGGCCAAGGCAGAGGGGCACUACAAGGAGUUUGGUAUGGACAUCAUAAAGCUCUUCCCUUCUCACAAUCGUUUUGUGUUCCGCUAUAGAAUGGCAAACAAGCUUUGCAUGAUUUUGCAAGAAAUUGAUGACCUCAUAGCAGAGAUGAAUACCUUUAGGUUUAAAUUCAAACCACAACCGCCAAUGUCCUUGAAAUGGAGGAAGACAGAUCCUUACAUCCCAAGCCAUUCUAUGAAUAUUGCUAGUGAAUCAAGAGCCGAAGACAAGAAGAAGAUUGUUAGUGCAUUGCUUGACCAAAGCAACAAUGUGGGUCUCACAGUCCUACCCAUUGUAGGAAUGGGAGGGAUGGGCAAGACCACAUUAGCGCAGCUUGUUUACAGUGACUCUGCCAUUGAGAAGCACUUCCAGGUUCGGAUCUGGGUUUGUGUGUCUGAAAACUUUGAUGUGGAUUCCCUGUUCGAAAUAAUAGUGGAAGAGGCUAAAAAGAAUGGUUGUGAAACAAGCGAUGGUUCAGCAUUGGAAAAGUUUAAAAGUGCUGUGAGUGGGAAGAAGUACCUCCUCGUACUAGAUGAUGUAUGGAACCGUGAGGCCAACAAGUGGGAUAAGUUGAGGUCCUACCUUCAUCAUGGUGCCCCAGGUAGCUCAAUUUUGACAACAACUCGUGAUAAAAAUAUUGCUCGGUUCAUGGGCACAAUCGAAGCCCAUAAGAUCAAGCACUUGAAAGAAAGCUACAUAGAAGAUAUUAUUAAGACUAGAGCAUUCAGUUCACCAUCAGAAGUGCCAACAGAGCUACAAAAGUUGGUUGGUGGUGUUGCGAAGAGAUGUUCUGGUUCUCCUUUAGCUGCUACAGCAUUGGGCUCUGUACUGCGUACCAAGAAUACCGUGCAAGAAUGGGAGGCUGUAUUAAAUCGAAGCACAAUUUGUGAUGAGGAAAAUGGAAUCCUACCAAUACUCAAGCUCAGUUACAAUUGCUUGCCACCACAUAUGCGGCAAUGCUUUGCCUUUUGCGCUAUGUUUCCUAAAGAUUACGAGAUUGAUGUAGAAAUGUUGAUUCGACUGUGGAUGGCUAAUAGUUUCAUCCCGGAGCAACAUGGAGUGUGUCCUGAAGUCACUGGUAAACAAAUUUUCAAUGAGCUAGCUCAAAGGUCAUUUUUUUCACGAGGUGAAGAAAGUUAGAUCUGACACCUUAAGGUAUUGGGAUGAGCAUGGGCAUUGUUCUAGA